ACACGAAAUUCUCACUCUUUUUUUGUUUUAAAAUUCAAUUGUUUAUUUCAAUGAAUUGUAGGAGUAGUUUCUUCUUCGCCAAUAAUCUCCACCAUACUCUUACCACAUCCAAAAUCCAUAAUUCGGAAUCAUGUAAUCGGAAUCGGUAUCCUUUCUCCGGCGCCUUUCCGAGGAAGGUAAAUUUUGCCGGUCAUGGAGAGGUUAGCAGCAAGCACCGUCGUCGAUUUUGUCCCAGUGCGAGCUCCUUAGAGCUCCCGCUUCUUCCCUUCAACAUGAAUGAGGUACUUGUUCCUUCUGAGAAGAAAACACUGCAUUUAUAUGAAGCUAGAUAUCUAGCUUUGCUGGAGGAGUCUUUAUUAAGGAAGAAACUUUUUGUACAUUUUGUGUUAGACCCAAUUUCUAUCAGCAAUUCAGCGACUGAAGCAUCAUUUGCUGCUAGACAUGGCUGUCUGGUUUUUAUAGAAAAUGUUGAGAGAUUAGAUGUUGGAGCAUCAGUCUCUACAAGGGGCAUUGGCCGUGUGAAAAUUGUGAAGUUUUUACAGGCAGAGCCUUACUUGAUAGGUGAAAUCAGACCGAUGCAGGACAGGGUCGUUGAUGGUACAGAUAAUUUAAGCCCAAAAGUGAUGCAAGUGAAGGAGGCUCUUUAUAGUUUAAAUAGUUUGGAAAUUAAGCUGAAGACUCCUAAAGAAGCAGAACUGCAGACUUACAUUUUGAACUCCCUAAGUUGGGCUGAAAAUGAACCAUCCUUAGAAUGUGAUGAAGCUUUUGUUCCUUCUUCAGCAGAGCGUGUAUCCUUUGCAGCAUUCCAACCUGUUACAGGCAAGCAAAGUUGGCCAAGUUCUAGAAUUUUUGUGAGACAUCCUUUUUGACUGUGUUUCCCUUUACCUAUGUUUAUAAACAUUAAUGGUAAGGGCAACAGUGUCACAAAAAUAUUAAAGAUAGAUAAUCCUUUAAAUCCUUUCAGUGCCAUAGUCAGUGUUAUAAUUUUAAAUAAACAUUAGUCGAUUUUCAAUUAGGAGAUGGACAAUAUUCUUUACUGAUAAGACUGCAGCAUAGACUCUAGCUGGUGUUUUAAGGACAUAAUAAUCACUGUGUGAAGUAUGCUCUUUUGUGCCCCCUUAAACAUUUUCUAGCUCAGUGUUUCGGAAAAUAGACAGUUUCUAGGGCUGAAUCCAUUACAGUGGGGGUUGCAGCCCUCAUUUUUAUGAUGAGUAAACAGUCAUUCAAAAUGGUUUCACCAUCAAUAGCCAGAGCUUUAGCCACAAAAUUAGCUCUGAUUGAGGAGUGGUUUUUGGUUUCGAUGUGCUUAAGCUUCUUGAGAUUACUUUCCUCUUUAUUCUUGUUCCUCAAUCACAAAGGAGCAUUUUACUUGAUGGAGAAGGGUGUUCUGCAGGAUCAACCCAGUCAGAACUACUGAAGUUGCAGGGAGAAAAGGUGAAAGCAAUGGAGUUAAAAGACACCCUCCAAAGGUUAGAGAGUUCACUAGAAUUAGUUAAAGAUAACAUCUCCAUGGUUGCAGCAAAGCUUGCUAUUCAAUCAUUAGAGAUGCGCUAAGCUAUGAAACUUGAUAAAGACCUUCAAAUCAUCCAAGAAGAGAAUCAUAUCAGCAGCAGCCAUGGUGAACAGCAAGAUCCACAUUCCCAUACUCUAGAUGCUUUCUAAUUUAUUUUGAAACUUUUGUACAUUGUAAAAUUAAAUCAAUUAACCUUAAACCACAUUGUUGCAUGCAAAUGUAAACCUGACAUGUAAGAUCCCCAUUCUAGUGACCACAAUUUUAUGUUGAAUAAUAAAUGUUUUUAAGCAUC